CGUCCGCCUCGCCCCGCCCCGCCCCGCCCGGUGGUGACUUGUCUGGUGUGUCGUCUUCCCCGCGGCAAGCCAAGCCAAGCCAGCGAUCGGCCGCCUGGUCCAAUCCUCAGCCCGCUUUCACCGCUCCCUCCUCCACCGCCUCUCUGUCCUUGCCCUCUUCUCCCGCUGCAACCACCUCUCCCAACCCUAGCUCCUCUCCUCCCCUUCGGGGCGGCCACGGCUUUCGGAGCCGGAGCCGCAACUCCUGCCCAUGGCGCAGAUCGAGCCCGUGUUUGACCAAGGAAUGGAUCCAUUUCUUGCUAGGCUGACCAUACCAGCAGCCAACACUAGCCAAUCCCGAUGCACACCUCACAAUGGUUUGUCCUUGCUCAAUCGGCCUUCUCUCGACACACCCUCGUCUUUGGAAGGUUCACCAGUGCCACCACCGCCAUCCUUGUUCUCCUGCAAUUGCAGCUGUGAUAUCGGAAGCAACUUUGAGGCGUUUGCAACUGUAAUGUCGCGGCUACACCAACACCUUCUGGAUGCAGAUGUAGAGAUCAACUACACAGACUACUUAGAUUUGAUGAAACUGGAAGUCGAUCAACAGCUUAAUAGGCUCAAGGAGGAUAUGAUGCUCUUGAGAAGCCAGAACUUUGUUCAUGACAGUGAUGCAGAUGUUUCAUGCCCUGUGAUAUGCCAUCAUGGAAAGCCAAUAGUAGAGAUAGAUGAGGUGUUCAAUGACCUUAAGCUACUCUUGAUACUGGUGUUCCGGCAAAUUAAGGACAUGUUGAGCCUGUUCAACGCUUCAAUUCACGAUCUUCAGUGGGAGCAUGACUUGCAAUUAGAGGUCACCGGCAUUAUGAUUGGAGACUGUAUCAGAACUCUUGAGGAUGAGCUAGAGAGGAGGUUUUUUGAACAAAGUUCCAUUGUUAACAAUCUAAGGGAGAACCGGAAGGAAACUGUGGUUCAGUGCGGUGCAAUCCGUCAAGAGUUGAUGUCUAUUUCGGAUAUGCUGUUACCUUCAGAAGAUGAAUCACAUAGUCCCCGCAGUAAGCAUGAAAAUCUGGGUAACAGGAGUAACAGAUGGAAAUACAAUCUCUUAAGAAAGAAAACAGGGGAGGAACACUCUGCAUCUUCCAGUGUGGAAACCAAGAAGUCUGCAACACAGAGAUCUGUAAGUCCCAGAGAAGUAAUUUCUGAAAAAUCCGACUUUCGGCAUCUCAAGGGUUCAACUGGGGAAGAAAUCAUAAACUACUUCAGAUCUGAGAUUAGUAAAUUAAAGAGGUUGCAUGAAUUGUACUUACAAGAUAAAACGGAAGAGCUGUUCAAAUUCAAACGAGAGAAGGCGUCAUUAGAUCUUAAGCAUGAUCUAGAAUUUGAGCAUCUAAGAAAGAAAGUUCCUGACAUCAUUUCAAGGGUUGACACAAUCAUUGCUAGUACCAUAAAGGCACCUACAGUUUGCAGCACUAGCGAGGCACUUGAGGAAAAUUGCAGAUUGGAUAAUAAAAUUGAUUCAUUGUACCUUGAAAACCAGCACCUUAGAGGUUUGCUUGCAGAAAAGAUGAAUGAUAUUAAGGAAUUAUCGUGCCAGAUAUCUGAUGCCAGGAGGGAAAUAUCACUUCGAUUGUCACUUGAAGAACAAAUUAUGAGACAAGUCGGCAUCAUUAAAGGAGACUAUGAGGAUCUCUAUGUUGAAAGCACUAUUAGAGAUGAAGUAUACCGAACUGUGACAAGAAAUUUUGUUGAUGACUGUAGGACCAGCAUGGAAGAUGCCUCACGGAAUUCUCAAGCAGAAGUGUCCUCACUUGAAGCUAAACUCUCAGAAAGGGAGAAGGCAUUGCGUUUAGCUAAUGAAGAAAAUCAGAAGCUAACAGAAAAGUUGUUGUUACUAGAAAAGGAACACUUCAUUGAAAAUAAUCAUGAAAAUCCAGAGCUAACCAAGCAAGAGAGUGAUGAAAUGAUACUUCGUGAUAUCGAGAUGGAGCCUCAUGUAUCAGCAAGAUCAUACGAGAGUUGUGAGCAGAGUAUGGAGGAUAAGGAGCUCGUCAAACUGAGCCAGACUACAGAGAUUGCCUCAACUACCUUACAUGAAGUUGAAACAAAAAAGUUGGAAUACAAUGGGUUUCUAGGCAAAAAUGAGCACAUAAUACAACUAGAUUUCAUUAUGGUAUCUAUUAUGGAUUUAUCAAAAGAAUUUGUGGAGAUUGAACAUAAAAUUUCAGGAGACAUCAAAGGAAAUGAGAAAAGAUCAGAUGAUCUGAGGGAUCAAUGCAACCAUGUGGUUCAACAGGCAAUAGUACUAACAAAGAAGGGCCUCUCAUAUAAGCAAAUGCUAGACCGAAGACGGUCCGAGCUUCGAAAAGCUGAAGCUGAGGUUGACAUUUUGGAAAACAAGGUUACUGCACUCCUAAGUAUUGCGCAAAAGAUAUAUGUGACUCUCGAGCAUUAUUCUCCCGUCUUUCAGCAGUAUCCUGGGUUACUGGGUGCUUUCUUGAAGACAUGCAAGCUUGUUGCAGGUCUAAGGAAUAAACAAAAGGAUGACUUACAAGAUACAACAUAAGUUGGAGCUGCUAGGGAAUCAGACUAUGGAGACAAGGUGCUUUCCUAGGUCCGAUUGACGGCUCGACCUCCCGAGGCAGGGGAUGCCUUCGUGGACUGGUGGCUGGCUACUUGCCUCUCACUCCAGACCUCGGCCCGAAAGGGCACAUACUGCCAUCAUGCUGGUGGCUUGGUGCAUCUAGAAGCACCACAAUGCAGUCAUCUUCAUCAGCGCCCAACUCAUCCUAUCUAGCCUUCUUGACACAAUUAGGAUGGAAGCCAGACAUUGGGUGAUGGUGGGCGCGAGCGGCCUAGCUGCAUUGCUCUCGACUGUUUAUACGGCUGGUGUUUAGUGGUGUUGUGUUGUAACAACGGGUGUGCUCGUCUGUUUUCCUGUAUAAACUCUUCUUCUAUCAAUGAAUCCAAAGACAAGGCUUUUGUGCUUUCUCGAAGAACCCCCCC